AGUUUAAAACUCCACGUCUAUAAAACAGUACUCAUUUCAUAGUUUAGCUGUCCAAUACUACAAUCCAAAACAAACUCACUCUUAAAAGCAAUGGCAUUGAUAGGUAUCUUUGAAAUCCUCUUAGCAACUCUUUGCUACGUAGCCGGUUGCUGGUUACGCAACCGCAGAAAAUUAAUAAGAAGCUGGCCGUUGAUCGGAACGCUGCCAUCUCUUUUACGCAACAUAAACCGGUUACCGGACUGGAUGAUCGAGCUUGCCGGUCGAAAAGGCGGCACGACAAUCUACAAAGGUUCUUUUACCGGCUUGUACGUAAUAUGCACUACUGAUCCAGAAAAUAUAAAGCAUAUUAUGAGUACAAACUUUAGCAACUAUCCAAAAGGGUCAGAAUACAAAGAAAUCUACUCCGAUGUUCUUGGAGAUGGGAUUUUUAACUCUGAUUCUGAACUUUGGAGGAAUCAAAGAAAGAACGCUGUUUCUUUAAUCAACCACGAAAAGUUUCGCAAGUUUUUAUUCCGCACUGCCAAUGUUAAAGUCGAAAAAGGACUUUUUCCUGUUCUUGAGCUUAUCUGUAGUGAAAACAAAGAAAUAGACUUACAAGAUUUGGUUCAUAGAUUUACUGCUGAUAUUACUUUCACUUUAGUUACAGGUUAUGAUCAAGAAACUCUGUCUACUGGUUUACUCGGUGAUAAACUUGGAACUGCGCUAGAAUAUAUUGAGGAAGCUUUAUUUUAUCGCCAUAUUCAGCCCAAAAUGCUGUGGAAGUUUCAAAAUUGGUUAGGGUUUGGCACAGAAAGAAAAGUGAAAGAUGCUUUAAAAAUGGUUGAUGACGUAACCGCCAAAUAUAUAUCAAUGAGACGACAAGGAAUAGUAGAAGAAGGAGGAGGAGUCAAUUUGUUAACACCAUAUGUUAAUGAAAAAUCGGAUAAAUUUUUAAGAGAUACUAUUUACAACUUUAUGGUUGCAGGCAGAGAGAAUUCUUUGAGCUGGUUUUUUUGGCUUCUGUCGAAAAAUCCUCGCGUGGAAGCCAAGAUAAGAGAGGAGUUGAGUUCUAUAGUACCGGAAAGCGAAAGAGGAGAGAAAAAGAUUCAGCUUCUUGAGUUAGAAAAGGUAAACAAAUUAUUAUAUCUGCAUGCAGCUUUAUGUGAAACAUUAAGGAUCUAUCCUCCAGUUACAUAUGAGUACAAGGCACCAUUGCAAAAUGAUAUUUUACCAAGUGGGCAUUAUGUAGAUCCAAAAAUGAAAAUACUUUUAUCUUCUUAUUUGAUGGGGAGAUUGAAAUCUCUAUGGGGAGAAGAUUGUUUUGAAUUCAAGCCGGAAAGAUGGAUAUCUGAGCAAGGGAGGAUUAUACAUCAAUCGCCUUACAAGUUUCUUGCAUUCAAUGCAGGCCCAAGAACUUGUGUGGGAAAAGAUAUUGCUUUCGUCCAAAUGAAAGCAAUGGCAGCUUUUCUACUUCAUAAUUAUAAUAUCGAGGUAGUUGAAGAACAUGCUGUAGUUCCUAAAUAUACUUCUAUUAUUCUUCACAUGAAGUACGGUUUAAAGGUUAGGAUUAGUAGGAGAUGGGCUUGACUUGUUACAAUGUUUAAUGUUUACUGUGUUCUGCAUUAAAUGACAUAAGUUUUUACAUGUUAUUCUCAUUACUCAGCCAGAGUUAAACGAUCGGAUUCUCCAUUAUAUUUAUGGAAUUGCUUAUUUUAAAUUGUGUA